AUGCCUCCCAAGAAAGCCGCCGCCGCACCCAAGAAGGCUGCCGCCAAGGAGCCCGUCCAUGCUAGCUACCAGGAGAUGAUCAAGGAGGCUAUUAUCAAUCUUAAGGAUCGUCAAGGAAGCAGUCGUCAGGCUCUCAAGAAAUACGUCCAGGCGAACAACAACCUUUCAAGCGUUACCGAGGCUGCCUUCACCACCCAGUUCAACCGUGCUCUCGCCAAGGGUAGUGAGACCGGUGUCUUCGAGCGUCCCAAGGGUGCUUCUGGACCCGUGAAAAUCGCAAAGGCAAAGGCUGGCUCCCCUCCUGCUGCCAAGAAGACCGAGACCAAGGCCACCAAGGCCGCACCGAAGACAGCUGCUAAGGCCAAGAAGACCACUGCUGCUGCAAAGGAGGCACCUGCUAAGAAGGCCGCUGCACCCAAGAAGGCUGCUACCAAGGCCGCACCCAAGGCCGCUGCCACCAAGAAGGCCGCCGCACCCGCCAAAGCCACCAAGACCAAGGCUAACGUCUCCAAGGUCAGAAAGAGCGCUCCUGCUCCUGCUGUCGAGGACAAGGCACCCGUCGUUCUCGGAAAGACCAAGUCUGGUCGUAUCACCAAGAGCACCGCACCUUCAGCGCCCGCCACCAAGGCCGCUGCUACCAAGAAGAAGGCCGCACCCAAGAAGGCUACCCCCAAGAAGAAGGCUGCCUAG